AUGAAUGGCAGGUAAGUAACUUGUGGAAUUGAUUAGUGAUGAACCUCAUUUUCAGAAAUCAAUAGCAAAAUCUACAUUCCAAAAUAUUUCUAGUACUUGCGCUAAUGAUACAAGAACAUGGAUUUCUUCUCUUGAAACAUUUUCUUUGGUAACAACAGAAUGUUUAGUCAAAAAUAAAUGUACACAGAAAGAACUUCUGAUUUUGAAGAACAAUUUAUAUGCUGUCCAACGUAAGUAUUUUUAAUUUUGAAUAAUUGAGCCUUCAAAAAUUAAAUUAUAGAACUUGAUGCAUUUGGAAAAUUUCCAACUCCAGGAAUUCUUGAAUUAACUCUAGUCAACGAUGGAUCUUAUCAAGAAUGUCAAAGGAUUAGUGGAGUAAAAUAUGAGACGAAUUACUGUUAUUUAUUCCUUUAUCCAAAAGCAACUCCAAAUAUUUCAUCAUUAAUUGCAUAUCGAACAGCAGUUUGUAUGCCAAAUUCAUGUGAUAGUCAAGAUCUUGCAAAUCUUUAUAAUGGAAUUGAUGGAAAAAUAUUUCAUGCAAAAUUCGCAUAUUGUGCCAAAGUUGAAUAUGAAAAAGAUUCUGCUUUUUGGGGUUAUUCGAUAUUUUUAGGUGUUAUGGUUCUCAUUGCAAUUCUCGCUUCUACUCUCGAUUUUAUUCAAGAUUCUGUUUACGGAAUUUCAAGUUCAAAAGAGAAAAACAUAAUUAGAAAAAUCCUGAAUACAUUUUCCUUCUGGACAAAUGCUGGAAUCAUUUUAUCAAUUAAAGAACAAAAAGAGGGACAUAUAAAAUCAUUAGAUUGUAUUCGAGCAUUUUCGAUGUCAUGGGUUGUCGCUGGACAUGCAACAUUAUAUUUCUAUACAUCAGGUAAAGAAUUAAAAAUUAAAUUAAUCGAGUUAUUUUGUUUUCAGAAAAUCUUCUGCCUCUAAAAUAUCUUGCUAAUAAUGUUUGGAAUCAUUUGAUUAUCAAUGCAAUAUUAUCAGUUGAUACAUUUUUCCUUCUAUCUGGAAUUGUUUUAUCUUAUAUGUUUUUCAAACAAAAACAACGAAGUUCAGUUAUGAAAAGUCCUUUAACAUGGAUAAUGUUCUAUGUUCAUCGAUAUCUUCGAUUAACUCCUCCGAUUAUGAUUUUCAUUGGAUUUUUCACAGUAUAUUUCAAUUAUGUUCAAGGACCAUUUGCGGCAUCUUCCGGAAGUUAGUUAUAUAUUUUUUUAACAGAAACAAUACAGAAUAUUUUUCCUAGAUCUACAAGAAAUGCAAGUUGAUGCAUGCAAAACUUCUUGGUGGCAAAAUCUUCUUUAUAUCAAUAAUUUCGGUCAAGACAACGUAUCUCAAUGUUACGGAAUAACGUGGUAUUUAUCAGUUGACACACAAUUAUAUAUUAUUGCUCCAAUUUUCAUAAUUGGUUUUUAUAUAUCUUUCAAUAUUGGUACAAUUUUAAUAAUAUUGGGUUGUUUAGCAAGUAUAAUUACAACAUACGUUAUGUAUAGUUUACAUGAUAUGACUGCAGAUAUCUUUGUUACCGAGUAAGUUCAAAAGAUUAUAGAGAAAAUCAAGCAACUAUUUUCAGCAAAAGUGGACACUUUUCAAUGAUUAUUUAUCAAAAACCAUGGAUAAGAUGUACACCAUAUCUAAUAGGUAUUUUCACUGGUUAUUUGAUUGCUACACUUUCAAAACGAAAAGUUCGUUUGAAUUGGGCACUGGCUAUUGUCGGUUGGCUAAUUGCAUUUAUUAUUGGAUGCGCUUGUAUGUUCUCAAAUUAUGACUAUGAUAAAGGAUCUUAUUGGGAUUGGUUUACACGUGCUACUUAUUAUAAUUUCACUCGAAUUGGUUGGUCAAUUGCUGUUAGUUGGGUUAUAAUAGCAAAUCAUUUUGGAUGGGGUGGCCCAAUUAAUAAUUUCAUGUCUCAUCCAAUUUGGCAACCAUUUGGUCGAUUAUCUUAUUGUGCUUAUAUUGUUCAUUGGUUUGUUAUGUUCUACUAUUUAAAUUUAGGCGAAAGACCUGUAUAUUUUGUGUCAUUUUGGCAGAUAGUAAGUCUAUGGAAAUAUUUACUCCUCUCAUAAAAUACCCUUUUUUCAGUAUUGUUACUAUGCGAUACCAAUCACAUUCCUAUCAUUUUUUGCUGCAUUUUUCUGGAGUUGUCUUUUCGAAAUAAGUACGGGAAAACUUGAGAAAAUGUUAUUUGAUGGAUUACUUGGAAACAAAAAACCAUCUCCAAAAGUUGAAGAGAAAAAUGAUGAAGGCGAAAAAGAAAUUGAAGUUAUUGAAAAUACUAAAGUGUAG